AUGGGCACUGUACGCGACCGAGCCUCGCCUACACUCUCGCUCGUCCUCCUCGUCCUCCUCGCCUUCGCACAACUCGCCUCUGCGUCGUUCGCUUCGAUCAAGGCUCGGCAGGACAGGGACAAGCCGCAGGCUCCUCCGACCUAUGGCGGCCAGGAGAUUGUUCCCGGCUCAUUCUUGAUCGAGGUUGGCGCAAAUUCGCUCAGCAAGAGGGCGAGCGGAGCUGUUGACCUCUCACAAGUCCUCACGCACCUCGCCUCGCCUCCCUCUUCAACCGGCAAGCCCUUCUCCCUUCCAGCCUUCUCAACCUCGCGCACGCUCGCCGCUCGUCCCUCGCUCUUCAGCGGCGCCGUCGUCAAAGUCGCGGAUCCUGCCCUCCUUCAGAAGCUCAAGGAAGGGAGCGAGUCGAUUGUCAAGCAGAUCCUGCAAGAGCUCGAGGGCGUCGAUGGCAUCUCGCGCGCCUGGCCGCUCCGAAUCCUUCCUCGCCCCUCGGCCGUGAUUAACAAAGACGAAGGCGGAGGCAUCUCGUCUGGAUCGGCAGCCUUCGGCGCCUCCCUCGCCUCGUCGCUCGCGAAGCGCAGCGGGACGACCUUCCCUCCCGCAUCGGCCUAUCUCAACGACACCUUCAAUCCGCACGUCAUGACCGGCGUAGACAAGCUGCACAAUCAGGGCAUCCUCGGCUCGAACACGAUCAAGGUUGGCAUCCUCGACACAGGCGUCGACUACCUCAACCCCAUCCUCGGCGGCUGCUUCGGUCCCGGCUGCCACAUCUCGUUCGGUGGCGACUACACGGUGGACCCUCCCGGUCCCGACCCGUAUGUCAACUGCACGGACCACGGAACGCACGUCACCGGAACAGUCGGCGCUCUCGCCAAUCCGCUCGGCUUCAGCGGUGUCGCUCCGAACGUCCAGAUAGGUCACUACAAGGUCUUCCGUUGCUCUGGCGGCGUUCCUGAAGAUGUCCUCGUUGCGGCCUUGACGGCGGCCACGAACGACAACGUCGACGUCGUUACGCUCUCGAUCGGUGGGCGCUCAGGCUGGCUCAACGCUAACCCGUCGCAGGUCGUGCUCGAGCGGAUGACGAGCCAAGAAGGAAUCGUCGCGACCGUCUCGGCAGGCAACAGUCGCUCGGAGGGUCUCUUCUUCGCCGAGUCGCCCGCAGCGCUGAUCGGCGGUAUGAGCGUUGGCAGCAUCGACGUCGAGCAGCUUCCCGCCUAUCCGGCACAAGUCGUUCCCUUCGGUUCUCUUCCUUACCUCUCGUCCCUUCCUCUCGACGUCUCGAGCCUCCCCGCCUCACGUAACGGCUACCGGCUCUACUUCACGAGCACCACGACGACCGCCGCGGACGACGCUUGCAACCCGCUGCCAAACAGCACGCCCGACCUUUCCAACUUGAUCACGGUCGUUCGCCGUGGAACUUGCUCGUUCUACAGCCAGAUGGCCAACAUUGCGGCGAAGGGCGGCAAAGUCGCGCUCGUCUACAACUCCCCGAACGCAAAUACCAUGGUUCCGUACUAUCAAGCAGCCGGCACAAGCCUUGCUGCUGUUGCCGCGCUACGCUGCUCGGCUGGUACAACUCUCGUCCUCGCGGUCUUUACAUCUCCUUUCCACGCGACGCUCCUCUCCUACUUCUCCGAAUUCGGCCCUACGUUCGAGCUGUUCGGCCAGCCUACGCUGUCGGGACCAGGCGGCAACAUCUUGUCGACCUUCCCGCUCGCUCUCGGCGGCCUCGGCGUCAUCUCCGGCACGAGCAUGUCUACUCCGUUUGUCGCCGGCGCAUCCGCCCUCCUCCUCUCGCAACGCAAGGCGGACAACCUCAACCCGGCGGACGUUCGCGCCUUGCUGUCCUCGACGGCUAGCAAGCGCGGGACGACGAUCAACGGCACGGCCUUCGAGACGGUCCUCCUCCAAGGCGGCGGCCUCGUCCAGGUCGACAAGGCCAUCUCGACUCGCACGAUCGUCUCCCCCUUCGAGCUGAUGCUCAACGACACGGCAUUCCCUGCGCACACCCAGAAGAUCACGCUCCGCAACACGAACCCGUUCCCGAUGCAGUACAGCGUCACGACCUCGUCGGCUCAGGCGUACGGAACCUACGACAACGGCGCCUCGACCGACAUCCUCAUCUCGACGAACCCGAAGCCGGUCUACCCGCAGUCGGGAGUGGCGGCCUUCUCGACGCAGCGACUCAGGCUGCAGGCCGGCCAGACUUACACGUUUACCGUGACCAUCCCUCAACCUCGGUUCAAUGCCAUGACGAUUGCUCGCUUCCCGCUCUACUCGGGCUACGUCGACAUCAGCGGAGUGAGCGUCAACCGCAAGCACUCGGAGGAGCUGCACAUCCCGUACUUCGGGUUGGCGGCCGCGAUGAGCGAUAUGCCCGUCCUCGACUCGACAGCCACGAUCUACGGCGACGUCGCCUACCCGUUCAUUGCGAAUUCCGGCUACUCAGUCUUCGACGCGCCCGGUUCGCUCAGUGGCUCCGAGACCUACAGCAUCCUCUUCCGCCUCGCUGCCGGCACACGUUUCGGCUCAGUGGACGUUAUUCUGUCCUCCGACGCUCCGCCUACCACGAUCCCGACUGAACGCAUACCAUCAACGCGUCCGAAUCGCAUGGCUCGUCGCUCUCGCAAAGCGGACCUGGAGGAGCGAAACGCCGCAUCCCACGCUUCUCAUCCCAUCUCGCCUCGUGACUUGGAGGUACGCGGACAGUCAACAGCCCUCUACAGCGAUACGCCCAUCGUCGGGACGAUUGAGUCGGCUAGCCUGCUCCCGCGCGACUAUCUCGUCGACAGCCCCGCCGAUUUCCAACAGUACUCGGAUUUCACCGUCCCCUUUGCGCCCGACUACUCUGGCUUCGGCCUCCAGGACGGUACAGAGUACCGUGUGCUCGUCCGUGCCUUGCGAACGACGGCGGACCCAAAGCUUGCCUCGUCAUACGAGUCGUGGGUCUCCUACCCGUUCACCAUCUCCCACUAG